UACAAGGAUUUGCAAUAUAAUUUCCAACCUAAAAAAUAAAUGUUAGCGAAAUAAAAAUGUAUAUAAAAACCUUACCAUCACCAGCACCACACAGUGCAUUGCAAUUUCCGCGUGCGACCCGAUUUAAAAUAACUCGCCAUGAACGCCAUCGAACGCAAUACAAAUUUCAUACGCUUCACCGCCGGCCCAGUACGAUAUUUCAAAUUUAUCGGCAUUUGUUUGCAACCACCGGAAAUGCGUAGCUACAAAUGCACACGCAUCCUGAUUGUGCUCACCAUUUUGCUAAUGUUUCUGCAUCAGAUCGGCUAUAUACUAACACCCGGACGCACUUUUGCCGAGCAAUCCACCGCUGCCGGGCUGCUCAACUACACCACUGUUAGUGGCGGAAAGAUACUCUUUCUCAUGUACAAUCGCCACCUGCUGCUGAACAGCCACUGCCAACUGGCCGCCUUAUACCCAAGCGCAUCGUUGGAGCGUCGCUAUAAAUUGGAGCAUUAUUUGCGUAUUUAUGCACGCGUACAAACGCUGCUCUACAACUUUUUCAAAUACAUUUUAAUCAUAUAUUUAUUGUAUCCGUUAGUGCAAUCAUGCUAUGACCUAUGGUCCAACGGCGUGUACUCAUAUCUGAUGCCGACACUCUUCUGGUAUCCCGUGCCAUUGGAGCAAUCGCUGCUUGUUUACAUUGUUUACUUCUUAUUCGCGUGUUUUUGUAGCUUUUGUGCGGGUUUAAUUAUAUUAAGCGCCGAUUUGUGUCUCUUCAGUUCGGUCUCACAGUUAAUGUUGCAUUUAGAUUUGCUGGCGCAACGCAUCAGCGAGCUGCAACCGGCCGAGCCGGAGAGUUUGUCUGCCUUGAAGGCGAUUAUUGAGUAUCAUCAAAAGAUUUUGACUCUCGCUCACGAUGUGAAUAGUACAUUUGCGCCCUCGAUACUUUUUAGUUUGGCCUCUUCAUCCUUUAUACUGUGCUUUAGCGCUUAUCAGCUGCUAGAUGAUGUCUCCUUCAUUUUCGCUCUAAAAGUGCUGCUCCUACUGGGCUACGAAAUGAAGCAGGUGGUCAUCACUUGCUAUUACGGUGACAAGCUGAUGGAUAGUAGUGCGAAUCUCUUUAACGCUGUUUACGCACACAAUUGGGCCGAUGGCUCACCCGCUUACAAGCGUCUCGUAUUGUUUAUGUUGGUGCGCACUUAUCGGCCCAUUGCCUUGAAAGUCGCUGGCAUAUCAGACGUUUCGCUAAUCACACUUAAACAGGUUCUAAGCACCUCAUAUCAAAUUUUUACCGUUUUAAAGACAGCAUAAGUGACAAGCAGACUUUGUUUUUGUUAUGAAAUGCAAUUCAAAUUCACAUAUUUAUUUGUUAAAUACACAAAUUGUUUCAUAGCACACAAUGUAAUAAUGUACAUUAUUGAGUUUGAGUUCGUUACAAUUCAAAAAAAUAAAAGCUAAAGGUUUCAAUAUUUUGCCCACCCCAAAGCAGCCCCAAGGUCCAUUUGCUACAUGACGCUUAACGUCUGUCCGUUUUGCCCGUACCACGUUUGCCA